AGAAUAAUGUAUCUGUUCAUAUCACCAAAGUUGCUAAUUCUUUUCUUGACUUCUCAAAUAUUGAAGUGCCACCUUGGCCAGCUCAAAGUUUUGAUCUUAAUCUUAUAGAUCAUUUAUUGAGAUUAAAAUUUCUCAACGUGAUUCACAACCCUCAAAUAUUAUGCAAUUGGAAAGGUGGAUUAAGAAGGAAUUUGAUACAAUACCAGUAA